AUGGCGGUGAACGUUCACCAGAAAUCGGAACUUGAGGCCAUGAUUCAUGACUUGGAAGAAGAAAAUAGGACUUUACAAGCUGAGUAUGAUCGAUUACGAACGCAACAAGAACACAAUAACAAUAAAAGUCAAAUCGAGGACCUUCCAGGAAUCGAUGGCGAGUUUCCAAGUCAUGAUGCGGAAAUGCUUGCUGAAGCCAAACUGCUUCGACAGCACAAGGGACGUCUUGAAGCACGGAUGAGAAUUUUGGAAGACCAUAAUCGACAGCUGGAGGGCCAACUUCAGAGAUUUCGACAUCUGCUGGAUGUGGUAAGAAAUUUGAUGACUUUACAAGCUGAGUAUGAUCGAUUACGAACGCAACAAGAACACAAUAACAAUAAAAGUCAAAUCGAGGACCUUCCAGGAAUCGAUGGCGAGUUUCCAAGUCAUGAUGCGGAAAUGCUUGCUGAAGCCAACCUGCUUCGACAGCACAAGGGACGUCUUGAAGCACGGAUGAGAAUUUUGGAAGACCAUAAUCGACAGCUGGAGGGCCAACUACAGAGAUUGCGACAUCUGCUGGAUGUGUCAGGAGAGAAGAGUGUUUCCCUGUCCUCAUCAACCCACGGGUCACUGCCGACCACGCCCAGUUCAUCUCACUCGUUCCUUCCACAGGAAAACCGAGAACCAACGCCUGGGACAAGAAUUUUUAAUCCUCAAUUGGAGUCAACCCCACAAAUCAACGGGCAUUCUGGAAGUAUGUUUCACUGUUAA